GCCGGUCGAGUCUCGCACCGGCAGCCGCCCGCUGCACCAUGAGCCGACGGCGUCUUUCGCUCCGGUUCCCGCUGCUGCUGCUGCUGCUGCUGCUGCCGUCGACGCCCCCCGUCCUGCCCGCGGACCCCGGGGAGCCCGCGCCGGUGAACCCCUGUUGUUACUACCCGUGCCAGCACCAGGGCGUCUGUGUCCGCUUCGGCCUCGACCGCUACCAGUGUGACUGCAGCCGCACGGGCUACUCUGGCCCCAACUGCACCACUCCCGAGCUGUGGACCUGGCUCCGGAAUUCACUGCGGCCCAGCCCCUCUUUCCUGCACUUCCUGCUGACGCACGGACGCUGGUUCUGGGAGCUUGUCAAUGCCACCUUCAUCCGCGAGAUGCUCAUGCGCCUGGUACUCACAGCGCGUUCCAACCUUAUCCCCAGCCCCCCCACCUACAACUUAGACCACGAUUACAUCAGCUGGGAGUCCUUCUCCAACUUGAGCUAUUACACGCGUGUUCUGCCCUCCGUGCCCCAAGACUGCCCCACACCCAUGGGGACCAAAGGGAAGAAGCAGCUGCCAGACGCCGAGCUCCUGAGCCAUCGCUUCCUGCUCAGGAGGAAGUUCAUACCUGACCCCCAGGGUGCCAACCUCAUGUUUGCCUUCUUUGCACAACACUUUACCCACCAGUUCUUCAAAACUUCUGGCAAGAUGGGUCCUGGCUUCACUAAGGCCUUGGGCCACGGGGUAGACCUUGGCCACGUUUAUGGAGACAAUCUGGACCGUCAGUAUCAGCUGCGGCUCUUUAAGGAUGGGAAACUCAAGUACCAGAUGCUGGACGGAGAGAUGUACCCACCCUCGGUGGAAGAGGCACCUGUGGUGAUGCACUACCCCAAGGGCAUUCCGCCCCAGAGCCAGAUGGCCGUGGGCCAAGAGGUGUUUGGACUGCUUCCCGGGCUCAUGCUUUAUGCCACGCUCUGGCUGCGUGAACACAACCGCGUGUGUGACCUGCUGAAGGCUGAGCACCCAACCUGGGGAGAUGAGCAGCUCUUCCAGACGACCCGCCUCAUCCUUAUAGGGGAGACCAUCAAGAUCGUGAUCGAGGAGUACGUGCAGCAGCUGAGCGGCUACUUCCUGCAGCUCAAGUUCGACCCCGAGCUGCUGUUCGGCGUCCAGUUCCAGUACCAGAACCGCAUUGCCAUGGAGUUCAACCAUCUCUACCACUGGCACCCGCUCAUGCCUGACUCCUUCAAGGUGGGCUCCCAGGACUACGGCUACGAGCAGUUCCUGUUCAACACGUCCAUGCUGGUGGACACUGGGGUGGAGGCCCUGGUGGACGCCUUCUCUCGCCAGAGCGCUGGCCGGAUUGGUGGGGGUAGGAACAUGAACCCCCACGUCCUGCACGUGGCCAUCGAUCUCAUCAAGGAAUCCCGAGAGCUGCGGCUGCAGCCCUUCAACGAGUACCGCAAGAGGUUUGGCAUGAAGCCCUACACCUCCUUCGAGGAGUUCACAGGAGAGAAGGAGAUGGCGGCUGAGUUGGAGGAGCUGUAUGGAGACAUCGAUGCCUUGGAAUUCUACCCGGGGCUGCUUCUUGAGAAGUGCCAUCCGAACUCCAUCUUUGGGGAGAGUAUGAUAGAAAUCGGAGCUCCCUUUUCCCUCAAGGGCCUCUUGGGGAACCCCAUCUGUUCUCCAGAGUACUGGAAGUCCAGCACGUUUGGUGGCGAGAUGGGCUUUGACCUUGUCAAGACGGCCACACUGAAGAAGCUGGUUUGCCUCAACACCAAGACUUGUCCCUAUGUUUCCUUCCAUGUCCCCCACGGCGCCCCACAGGAGGAUGGGUCAGCAGUGGAGCGGCCGUCCUCUGAGCUCUGAGGACAGCAGCAUUCUGAAGGGUAGAGCUUUCUUCUUGUCUUUCCAGAGUGCUGAGGCCAAGGCGAAUAGCCUUAGACGCUGGGUUUCUAGUGUGGCAUCGAGAGUGUAUCAGGGUUGAAAUUUAGAACUUUGUGUCUCUCACCCGUUAUGUGGAAUAUUGUGGUCGUGUAUGGCACCCGAGAAUACUGAAUUCCUGGUUAACCAUUCGGAAAGUUAGAAGUGGUUCUCAUUGGCAUGCCAGACAACUGGGUUCCUGGCUGACAAUCGAGAGUGUCAGAUUUCUGGCUGAUUUGGAAUCCAGGCAUUCUGGAACGCGGAGCCCGUGAUGAAAUCGUCUAGAACACCAGUGUUCUUGUGUUGCAUUCUAGACUUCUGAUUGGCAAGUCAGAAUGUUGUGUUCCUGGCUGCCGAUCCCAAACAGUGGCUGGAAUGCCAGACAAUCCAGGUCUGAAUGUCUAGAAUGUUGAUUUGAUUCAUUUUCCUGGUCAGGGAGAGAUCCACACAGAACAGGAGACUCUAAUGUCUACCAAGAAUGCAUUGCCUGAAUCUGUGCCUGCAGUGACGGAGCAAGGAGGGGGGUGGUCUUUCUGGGACCCCGACUUAGACCCCGGUUCGAGGAUAUAGAGAGAACAAGUGGGCUUUUCCCAGGCCACUCUGUCUCCAGCCAGGUCUUGACUCAUGGCAGCUGUUUCUCAUGAAGCGAAUAAAGUCCUUUUUCCAA